AUGGCCUGUAUUCUGCUGACAGACAUGGACCCACCCACCUCUGGUCCCACAGCAAACCGCAAUGGCCUCCUCUCUGACCUCGAGCCAGUCACCGGACUCGACCCCAAGCAGGACAAGGAAGCCACCUGCCUCACUGUCCACCUUUACCACGUAGGGAAGGAUGGAGGAGGCGGUGGGGCCAACGGUUCAGAAAGUGUCCUCACUUUUCCACCCGGGGAGUACGUAGCAGAGGAACUGUGCAUCAGUGCAGCGACAGCGUGUGGGGUUUCUCCAGUGUACUGCAGCUUAUUUGGCCUGAUGAGGGAAAGUGACCGGAUAUGGUUCCCUCCUAAUCACGUUUUUAAAGUGCACCAGCCAGCCAGUGAGAGCCUGCACUUCAGAAUCAGAUACUAUUUUCCUGGCUGGCAGAACAACAGCAGUUCAUUGUAUGCCCAUCGCUACGGCAUGUCCAAGGGGAUGGAGAGCCCUGUGAUGGAUGAUUGUGUCAUGGCAUACCAAUUCUUUCAGUGGCGAAGUGACUUUCUGAAUGGCUGGGUUAAUAUUCCAGUGAGCCAUGAGGCCCAGGAGGAAUGUCUGGGCAUGGCGGUGCUUGACAUGAUGAGGCUCGCCAAAGAAAGUGGUCAGUCACCUGUCAGAAUCUGCAAUGGUACCAGCUACAAAUCCUUCCUGCCCAAAUGCAUGCGAAGCCGCAUCCAGGAAUAUAACAUCUUGACUCGGAAGAGGAUACGCUAUCGCUUCAAGAAAUUCAUCCAGCAGUUUGGUGAAUGCAAGGCCACGGUGUGUAACCUCAAGCUCAAAUACCUGAUGAGCCUGGAGAUGCUGCUACCCUCACUCUACUCUGAACGCUUCCAAGUUACUGACCUGUCUGCACGCGAGGUUUCCAUCGUUGUCAUGGGCAACAAGGGAAUCCAGUGGUCAAAAGGGAAAGAGGAGGAGGGAGCAGAGGAGGAGCUUCAGACAUACUGUGACUUCCCAGAAGUGAUUGACAUCAGCAUCAAACAGGCCAAUAAGGAAGGCUCCGUGGAGAGUCGCAUAGUUACCCUAACCAGACAGGACAACCAGAUCCUGGAACUGGAGUUUCAUUCGCUCUCAGAGGCUUUGUCAUUCGUGUCAUUAGUUGAUGGCUAUUACAGACUGGUUGCAGAUGCCCAUCAUUACCUGUGUAAAGAAGUAGCUCCGCCAAGACUUCUGGAGUGCAUUCAGAGCUACUGCCAUGGCCCUGUGUCGAUGGAGUUUACGAUUGGUAAGCUGCGUCGCUCUGGUAACCACCAAGGCCUAUACAUCCUUCGCUGCAGCCCCAGGGACUACGACAAAUACUUCAUGUCCUUUGUGGUGGGGUGUGAAACUAUGGUGGUGUAUAAGCACUGUCAGAUCUUGAAGACGGAGUCAGGACAGUACAUUCUGAGUGGUGCUAAGAAGAGCUUCGGCUCACUCAGGGAACUUCUGCACUGCUACCAAAAGGAGGCGCUCCGCACUGAUGGAUACACGUUCCAGCUGACCAGGUGCUGCCCACCCACCCUGAAAGAUAAAUCCAACCUGCUGGUGUGUAGGAAUAAUCAAGGGGCCGGGGUCCCACUGUCUCCCUCGCUCCUCAAGCACAACAUCAGCCAGAUGGUCUUCCACAAGAUCAGAAAAGAGGACCUCGUCAUCAAUGAGAGUCUGGGUCAAGGAACGUUCACCAAGAUCUUCUGCGGUGUGAGAAAGGAGCUGGGGGACUAUGGAGAGAUACACCAGAUAGACGUCGUUAUCAAGAUCCUGGACAAGGCUCACCGCAACUAUUCAGAGUCGUUCUUUGAAGCAGCCAGUAUGAUGAGCCAGCUUUCCCACAAGCACAUACUUCUCAACUAUGGCGUGUGUGUUUGUAGUGAUGAAAACAUGAUGGUGCAGGAGUAUGGUAAAUUUGGUUCACUGGACACUUACCUGAAGAAGAAUAAAAGCUGCGUUAACAUCACCUGGAAGCUAGAAGUGGCCAAGCAGCUAUCCUGGGCUAUGCACUACCUGGAGGAUAAGAGCCUCAUUCAUGGAAAUGUUUGUGCCAAGAAUGUUCUUUUGAUCAGAGAGGAGGAUCGGGCGACGGGCAGCCUGCCCUUUAUCAAACUCAGUGACCCGGGUAUCAGUAUCAUCGUGCUGCCCAGAGAAGUUCUAGUGGAGCGUAUCCCGUGGGUGCCCCCCGAGUGCAUUGAAAACCCCCAGAACCUGAGUUUAGCAACAGACAAGUGGGGCUUUGGGACCACCCUUUGGGAGAUCUGCAGUGGCGGAGACAAACCACUCAGCACCCUGGACUGCUCCAAGAAGAUCUUGUUUUAUGAAGACAGGCACCAGCUGCCAGCCCCUAAAUGGACAGAGCUGGCCAAUCUGAUCAAUAGCUGUAUGGACUAUGAGCCCUCACACCGACCCUCCUUCAGAGCAAUUAUCAGAGAUCUCAACAGCCUCUUCACACCCGACUAUGAGCUGCUGGUGGAGAGCGAUAUGGUGCCCAACAGGACACGAGGGUCCGGCUUCCCAUGGGCCUCCGAGGGCCAGGAGCCCGCCCAGUUUGAGGAGAGGCACCUCAUCUUUCUCAAGCAGCUGGGCAAAGGAAACUUCGGUAGCGUGGAGAUGUGCAGGUACGACCCCCUACAGGACAGCACAGGGGAGGUGGUGGCCGUGAAGAAACUACAGCACAGCACAGCCGAGCACCUCCGAGACUUUGAGCGGGAAAUUGAGAUCCUCAAAUCCCUCCAACAUGAAAACAUUGUCAAAUACAAAGGAGUCUGCUAUAGUGCAGGACGAAGGAACCUACGGCUGAUAAUGGAAUAUCUCCCCUACGGCAGCUUGAGAGAUUACCUCAUCAAACACAAAGACCAUUUUGAUUCCAAGAAACUGCUACACUACGCAUCACAGAUUUGCAAGGGUAUGGACUACCUUGCCCUCAAGCGAUACAUCCACAGAGACCUGGCCACCCGAAACAUUCUGGUGGAGAGCGAGAUGAGGGUGAAAAUCGGUGACUUUGGCCUGACCAAGGUUUUGCCGCAGGGCAAGGACUACUACACUGUCAGAGAGCCCGGAGAAAGCCCCAUCUUUUGGUAUGCUCCAGAGUCGCUGACAGAGAGCAAGUUCUCGGUGGCAUCAGAUGUUUGGAGUUUUGGUGUUGUCCUCUACGAACUCUACACGUACAGCGACAAGAACUGCAGCCCACCAGCGGUGUUUAUGGACAAGAUGGGGAAUGAAAAGCAGGGCCAGAUGAUUGUCUACCAUCUCAUAGACCUCCUGAAACAGGGAUAUAGGUUGCCUGCUCCUGAUACUUGUCCAAAGGAGAUUCACAAGAUGAUGACAGAGUGCUGGAACAGUGAACCGAGACUGCGCCCUACUUUCAAGACAUUAAUCCACAGCGUGGAGACCGUACGUGACAGCCUGGACGGAUGAACGGCAUUGAUCCCUGAACCUUUGACCUUUAGGUGUUGGCUCCCAGUAGUCAGUCCUCACAUAUCGUAACAGAGCAAUGAAUGUCUCUGUGACGUCUGCGUUUACUGCAGUGAUUCAGUCACUGGUGUUCAGUACACAGUAUAUUGUUUUUUUUUCCUUUGGUGCCCUGCUGAUGAAGAAUUUUCUUUACCCACUUCUUUCUACAUCACAGGAAGUAUACAAAUGAUCUGAUUAGUUCGUACACUACAUCUAUCACACACCAAACAAAAGAUUAUUUCUGAUGCCUUUAAGAAUAUUUUAUUAUGGGCUAAAUUAUUUUCUUUGUGUUAUUUGCACAAGUUGUGUUUUACAAAUUGAAAUUUUCUAAUAAUCACAGAUUUUCUCCACUUUAAGUAACGUGUUGAAUGUCAAUAUAGGUACCAAAAAAUUUAGAGCUCGCCAACAAGCAGCAUUUUGUUGGGCAGUUCUUUUUAUGUUGUAAAAUUAGCAGCAGCUAAUUUCGUUCAACCAAAGAGGCCAUGGGAUUCCCAACAGACUGUUACUUCACUGCUCAUGUGUGGCCAAACUUUUCAGAAGGACUGGAACUGAGCAGGGUUCCUCCUGUUGACCACCUAAGAGUCUUAAGACUGGUAAAAGGACAGAACAUAAAUGUAACGCACCAGCAGCACGUCUGAUACAGGUGGACCCGUUGUGACCAUGUCUACAAGUGGUUCCGGGUUCUGUUUCUGCGGUCUCAGUGGACUUUACAGAUAUUCAUUGCACAUCAAGGAUGAUUCCGUGUUUUUAUCGAGUGGUGUUGGUUCGCUACGACUACACAUCUUUCCUCACUAUAGAAGUCAGACUUAACACAACGCCUGUUAUUCGUUUACAUCACUUCAUGCAAUGUGGAAACAAUGCAAUACAUUGCAGCAAUAACUGCUCAUGAAUCUCUUUGAGAAAGAGUGGGUGUCUCGUAGUGUCAUAUCAUGAACUCGUACAGUAUUGUUGUUUUGGAAGGAACUAAGCUCUUGAAAUGAUGAUACUGUCUUUGUAAUUACUCACCUGUAUAUAUUUUAUAAAACACUUAUGAUGUUUUGAAUGUGACAAGGCUCUACUAUCUGCCUGCAGAUCGCUAAUGGGGAAAGUUGAACAGUUUAAUUGAAGGUGGAGAGUGAUAAAGGGAGAUGUUUUUAUUUUCUGCAGUAGACUGUUGCAAGCCACGAUUUUAUUUAAAAACUUAUUUGACUUUUGUUAAUGUCGUUAUUUUUCCAUCCUUUUGAAGGUAUACAUGUGUAUCUUGAAUAUGCGUAUGUGUUAUGAUGUGCAUUACAUUAUCAUUAGUGGCCACAAGGGGAUUUUUUGAUUAUUUAUAUUUGAAUGUUUAAAACUUUAUGUACCAAAUGUUACAGACUUGAGGGGGUGGAACAGCAUCUGUCUUUUAAACUUCCCUCUUCUCAAAAAUCCCCCUUUCCAGGGUUUGUUUUAUGCCAUAAAAGGCAGACCAUACAAACACAGACACACAAAAUUUCAAAGGAUUCAUGCCCUCUAACAUAGCUAAGAAUGAGUCACUGUAAAGAGCAAAGUUUUCUCAUUUAUAAAUAGUGUGCCUGUAAGUUCCUACACCCUAACAUCUGGGCAACAGGCAGUUUAUACCGAUCAUCUCGUCCAUGUGAAUAUUUUUUUUUAUAAUAUAUGUCCGCGUCUGUUGUGAAUAAGAGAGUUGCUGUUAUUCCUAUAAUGGAAAAUAUUGCAGCCUAACGGGUUAUGUUUUUUUACUCAUACAACUAUUAUUGUGAUGUACGUGCAUUAGUGUUUGAGACCAAAUAUGAUUAUUCUGUGAAAUAGGUGGAAUUUUUUUUUAUCCAAAGAUUUUCAGAAAGAAACAAGGAUGUUUAACUGGAUUGAAGUGGUCGUCCAUCAUGUUUAUUUUGGGUUUUUUGGUUUGUUGCAGUUGAAUGACAUCAAGCCUGGUUUUGUCAUCUGAUGGAAACAUGCAGCUACCUUUAAUACAUUUGUGUGUACAUAGAUGUAAAUAUUGAAAGAUGGAUAUUUAGUAUAUUCCAGGUGUGUAUAUAAUUUUAUUAAACAAAACUUACUGUCGUACUGUU